GGUCCGCGGUGCGCGGUGCGCGGCGCCCAGGAAGCUCUCCAAGGCCCGAAGCGCGACCCGAGCCCCGGUCGGGCGGGACCGAAGUGGUCGCGGAGGCCGCGGUGUGGGAGCUCCGGCCGCGGCCUCGCCCGCAGACCGGCAGCGGGAGGAGGGGGCGCGGGCGGGCCCCGCCUUUCCCCCCCGAGGAGGCGCCGGGCGGCCAUAUUGCCGAGCUGUCUGCGGCGGCAGCGCGUCUCCUCGCAGGCGGCCCAGCGCUCGCGCCACCGCCUCUCCGCUCACGCCCCCGCCGAACAGCGCCCCAGCCAGUCGGCGGCGGCUCGGGAAGGAGCCGUUCGCUCGGGAUCACAUUGAUCAGGAUUCCUUGUCAUGUUUGACAGUACAGAAUAAAGGUUGGAAGCAUCCUUGGGUCUUAGCACUGGAAUCUACCCUUCACUUUUGCUGUCCCUUUCCUACGAGGCAGGUGAGAACAGUUUAUAGAAGUGAAGAAUUCUUAAAGAAGGUAACAAAAAAGAAAAGGAAAAUGCCUAAACCAAUCAAUGUAAGAGUAACUACUAUGGAUGCUGAGCUAGAAUUUGCCAUUCAGCCCAAUACAACUGGCAAACAACUUUUUGAUCAGGUAGUAAAGACAGUUGGUUUACGUGAGGUGUGGUUUUUUGGGCUGCAGUAUGUAGACAGCAAAGGUUAUUCUACAUGGCUUAAAUUGAAUAAAAAGGUGACACAGCAAGAUGUUAAAAAAGAAAAUCCUUUACAGUUCAAGUUUAGAGCUAAAUUCUUUCCUGAAGAUGUUUCUGAGGAAUUAAUUCAAGAAAUAACGCAGAGACUUUUCUUCUUGCAAGUUAAAGAAGCCAUCUUAAAUGAUGAGAUAUACUGCCCACCAGAAACUGCAGUUCUUUUGGCUUCCUAUGCCGUCCAAGCCAAGUAUGGAGAUUAUAGUAAAGAGAUUCAUAAACCAGGCUAUCUGGCUAACGACAGACUCCUACCACAGCGCGUUUUGGAACAACACAAGUUGACAAAGGAGCAGUGGGAGGAGAGAAUACAGACGUGGCACGAGGAGCACAGGGGAAUGCUAAGGGAAGACUCAAUGAUGGAAUACUUGAAGAUCGCACAAGAUCUAGAAAUGUAUGGUGUUAACUAUUUUGAAAUAAAAAAUAAGAAGGGUACUGAAUUGUGGCUGGGCGUUGAUGCUUUGGGUCUGAAUAUUUAUGAACACGAUGACAAGCUAACACCUAAAAUUGGUUUUCCCUGGAGUGAAAUCAGAAAUAUUUCAUUUAAUGACAAAAAAUUUGUUAUAAAGCCAAUUGACAAAAAAGCACCUGAUUUUGUUUUUUAUGCGCCUCGACUGAGAAUCAAUAAGCGUAUUUUGGCCUUGUGUAUGGGAAACCACGAACUGUACAUGCGGAGAAGGAAACCUGACACUAUUGAAGUGCAGCAGAUGAAGGCUCAGGCUCGAGAGGAGAAGCAUCAGAAGCAGCUGGAAAGGGCACAAUUAGAGAAUGAAAAGAAGAAAAGAGAAAUUGCAGAAAAAGAGAAGGAGAGAAUAGAGCGUGAAAAGGAAGAGCUGAUGGAGCGCCUCAGGCAGAUCGAAGAGCAGACACUGAAGGCCCAGAAAGAACUGGAAGAACAGACUCGAAAAGCUCUAGAGCUGGAUCAGGAACGAAAACGAGCAAAAGAAGAAGCAGAGCGGCUGGAAAAGGAGCGUCGAGCUGCGGAGGAGGCCAAGUCCGCCAUAGCAAAGCAAGCUGCCGACCAGAUGAAGAACCAGGAGCAGCUGGCAGCAGAACUUGCUGAAUUUACUGCCAAGAUUGCACUUCUAGAAGAAGCCAAGAAGAAAAAGGAGGAGGAGGCUACUGAAUGGCAGCACAAAGCUUUUGCAGCCCAGGAAGACUUGGAAAAGACCAAAGAGGAGUUAAAAACUGUAAUGUCUGCUCCCCCACCGCCCCCUCCACCAGUCAUUCCUCCCACGGAAAACGAGCAUGAUGAGGAGGACGAGAACCACGCUGAGGCCAGCGCCGAACUGUCCAGCGAUGGGGUGAUGAACCACAGGAGCGAGGAAGAGCGUGUGACCGAAACGCAGAAAAAUGAGCGUGUGAAGAAACAGCUCCAGGCAUUAAGUUCAGAGUUAGCCCAAGCCAGAGAUGAAACCAAGAAGACCCAGAAUGAUGUUCUUCACGCCGAGAAUGUGAAAGCAGGCCGUGAUAAGUACAAGACUCUUCGACAGAUCCGACAAGGCAAUACGAAGCAGCGUAUUGAUGAGUUUGAAGCAAUGUGGGGACCCAAACUGUAUGCACUGUUCCAAAUGCGCUCUUGCCAAAGCAGCAUAAAGCAGAUGUAACAGGAUGACGUCCCCUCCCUCCCAAGAUCCCUGAUGGCUGACACGUGGUGAGCUUUCAAAUAAGAACAUACCAAGACAGCCCUGUGACCUGACCACAUACUCCCCCAAAGUUGUAUCUCCUUGGGAAAUGGAAGAACCAGGCCUCCUUCAAGAGCCAGGGCUCUUGCUAAUGGUUCUGUCUUUAUCUCUGUUUACUGUUGUUUUCCCCUUUCUUGUUAUCUCUUUCCGAAGCCCCCUUCCUUGCCUUUCCUAGGGAUAGACCUUAGGAAGAUGGACCAGGACUUGGGAUAUCUGCAUUGCACCCUGCAGUCCUGAGUCGGCAACCACUGCACCUGUCUUCAAGACACCAUUCUUCCAAACAGACGCUGGAAGGCAUUAGCUUCUAGAAAUUCACUUUUUUUUUUUCUGCAUGACUAGCUCAUAAGGUGGAAUCUGUGGAGAGCAUUUUCAAGAAUUUUCCAUUUAAAAAAAAUGUGACUUAUCUUUGGCUUUGAUCUGAGCGCAAACUCAGUGGUGUGCAGCUCUUUUUGUGUCUGUUUCCAUGGACUCUGCAGAAAUUGAGGUGACAUACCCCUUCUGUCUGGGCUGUUUGUAUAAUUGUACAUAAAUGUAGCAAUAAAUAUAUUCUAACAUCA